AUGUGCUAUAAAUAUGAUAUCCGGCAACACAUCUUUGGAGGCGAAAACCGAGAAGAAACAGGAGUCGAUCCUCAUCGUUGGAUUGGUGGCCAGGCUUCCCGCAAAUGUCUCUUGCAUGCGAUUGAAAUCCAACAGCUAGCUGCACAAAUGCCGCUCGGCGUUGCUCAUGAUGAGCAGCUUCCUGGUGCUCUCUUUGCGAUAGCAACAACUUAUUCCUCGUUUGCCUUAGCGGGUAAACCGAAAGUGAUAAUACCUUCCUCUACCGAUUGGGAUACACUGCUUUUCUCGGAGUUAGAAGAAGUCCCAUCAAGAAGAGAAAUGGCAGGAGGAAACACGAAUAUGAACAAUACUAUCAGGUUCCUUGGAGGUGAGGAAAAUGUUUUGGAAGCUGAUUGUGAAGCGCGGAACCUGUUAUACGAGCUUGGUUCAAUCAGGAUCCUCCUUCGCGGGCUUUCGUACCAGUGGGGUGUCGCACAGGAGAUGGAAGAGGUUGUGGGAGCAUGGAUAAUGCGUUGUGAAUGA